GCUGGGGACCAAGCUCCAGCACAGGACCCUUGGGUGCACACUAUGUCCAAAUCACAGCAUGUGGGUUUCCCAAAGCGCCAUCACAGAGCACACCUUCCACAGGGGAUUCCCGUUUCUCACAUCCUCGCCAGCACUUGCAUUUUGACUCUUCGACUCUAGCUGUGUUGGAAGAUUGUAAUGGCAUAUUCAGAAUUAAUGUCAGCGUGUCCAAGAACUUAAAUUUAAAAUUAAGACCAGGAGAGAAAAAACCCGGAUUUUGGGUGCCCCGUGUUUGGGCAAAUCCUCGGAACUUUAAUUUUGACAAUGUGGGAAAUGCUAUGCUGGCAUUGUUUGAAGUUCUGUCCUUGAAAGGCUGGGUGGAAGUGAGGGAUGUCAUUAUCCAUCGUGUGGGACCGAUCCAUGGAAUCUAUAUUCAUGUGUUUGUAUUCCUGGGUUGCAUGAUUGGACUGACCCUUUUUGUUGGAGUAGUUAUUGCUAAUUUCAAUGAAAACAAGGGGACGGCUCUGCUGACCGUAGAUCAGAGGAGAUGGGAAGAUCUCAAGAGUAGACUGAAGAUUGCUCAGCCUCUUCAUCUCCCUCCUCGCCCGGAUAAUGAUGGUUUUAGAGCUAAAAUGUAUGACAUAACCCAGCACCCGUUUUUUAAGAGGACAAUUGCGUUACUUGUUCUGGCACAGUCUGUGUUGCUGUCCGUCAAGUGGGAUGUCGAAGACCCUGUGACUGUCCCUUUGGCAACAAUGUCGGUUGUUUUCACCUUCAUCUUUGUUCUAGAGGUUACCAUGAAGAUCAUAGCCAUGUCACCUGCUGGCUUCUGGCAGAGCAGAAGGAAUAGAUACGACCUCCUGGUGACAUCCCUCGGUGUCGUGUGGGUGGUGCUUCACUUUGCUCUCCUGAAUGCAUAUACCUACAUGAUGGGAGCGUGUGUGAUUGUCUUUAGGUUUUUCUCCAUCUGUGGAAAACAUGUAACAUUGAAGAUGCUUCUCCUGACAGUGGUUGUCAGCAUGUACAAAAGCUUCUUCAUCAUAGUAGGAAUGUUCCUCUUGCUGCUGUGUUACGCUUUUGCUGGAGUUGUUUUAUUUGGCACUGUGAAAUACGGAGAGAACAUUAACAGGCACGCAAAUUUUUCUUCAGCUGGAAAAGCUAUCACUGUGCUAUUCCGAAUUGUCACAGGUGAAGACUGGAACAAGAUUAUGCACGAUUGCAUGGUUCAGCCUCCAUUUUGUACUCCAGAUGAACUUACAUACUGGGCCACAGACUGUGGAAAUUAUGCUGGAGCACUUAUGUACUUCUGUUCAUUUUAUGUCAUCAUUGCCUACAUCAUGCUAAAUCUGCUCGUAGCCAUAAUUGUGGAAAAUUUCUCCCUGUUUUAUUCCACUGAGGAGGACCAGCUUUUAAGUUACAAUGAUCUUCGACACUUUCAAAUCAUCUGGAACAUGGUAGAUGAUAAAAGAGAGGUAGGAGAGUAUGAUCCACCCCAUAGACCCUACUGA